CCCCUUUCCCCUCCCCUCCUCCCUCUCUAGUCUCUCCUCACCUCUACUCCCACUCACUCUCUUUAGUCUUUACGACUGAGAAAUGAAGUUCGGCAAGAGCCUGAGUAGCCAGAUCGACGAGACCCUGCCGGAAUGGCGCGACAAGUUCCUCUCCUACAAGGAGCUGAAGAAGCGCCUCAAGCUCAUCGAGCCCAAAGGCGGCGACUCCUCGACCCGCCCCGCCAAGCGCCCCAGGCUCGACGGAGACGACAUGUCGUCCGAGGAGAUCAAUUUCAUUCAGCUCCUGGAAGACGAGCUCGAGAAGUUCAAUUCCUUCUUCGUCGAAAAGGAAGAAGAGUAUAUUAUUAGAUUGAAGGAGAUACAAGAUAGUGUGGCGAAAGUGAAGCAUUCGACUGAAGAGGUUAUGAAGAUACGCAAGGAGAUAGUGGAUUUUCAUGGAGAGAUGGUUUUGUUGGAGAAUUACAGUGCCCUCAACUAUACAGGACUGGUAAAGAUACUCAAGAAGUACGAUAAAAGAACUGGUGCUCUUAUGCGCUUGCCCUUUAUUCAGAAGGUCCUGCGACAACCUUUCUUCACCACUGACUUGCUUUACAAGCUUGUGAAGGAGUGCGAGUGCACCCUUGACCAGCUGUUUGCAAUGUGUGAACCGCCAGCUUCAAAUGAAGCAUCUGAUGAUGCAGAUGAUGGUCCCUCAACUUCCAAGAGUAAUGGACUUAGCAGAGUAAACAAGGAACUUGCAGAGAUAGAGUACAUCGAGAGCUUAUACAUGAAAAGCACUAUAUCGGCAUUGCGAGCUUUGAAAGAAAUUAGAAGAGGAAGCUCAACUGUGAGCGCAUUUUCACUGCCACCACUGCAAUUAAGUGGAUUAGAAGAAGAUGCCUGGAAAAAGGUCCCUGUUCUGGAACAGCUUGCUAAGUAGUUAGGUUAUGCAAAUGUAAUAGGGGACUAGUUUGUCCCUCUCUUUCUAUUUUUGUAAUUUUUUUUUUUUUUUUAAGUUUACAUGCAUCUGCUAUGCAUACUUUAUAUACCGACAAAGAUGUAAAAUCCAUAAUUGUAGCUGUAAUGAAUUCAGUAGAAUUUGAUGAGUUCUGUAUAAUAAUCUCUGUGGCCUAAUAUAAGCAGUCAUGUUCUGAACUUCUGA